GUGAUGCUCUGGAUGCUCUAGGAUUGAGGCGGUACUGCUGCCGCCGCAUGCUCCUCUCUCACGUUGACCUUAUAGAGAAGCUGCUCAACUACGCACCACUCGAGAAAUAGACGCCUGUACACAGUUAUUUAAGAAAGCAGGAUUGGGAAGAGGUUAACAAAUACACACAACAGCAAGAAAGCACCAUUAUUGACAGACAAGAAAGUAUAGGAGGCAUCACGGCCACAGUUCCUCAUGCAGGGGCAAGAUGACGACUGGUUUGCUGCCUGCAGUGAUGAUGAGAUCUAUAAACCAGAUGGAUCUCUUGGUGAUGACUGGCACCCUGACCCCAAAGAAAUUUAUCAACUGUAUAAAAGAAUCGAGUCGAAUCCCGUAUUACAACUGCAGUGGAAAAACCCGGGAAGGAGGCCACCAACGCCUGACACUGGCACUGAUGACCAUCUCCCUAUAGGUACUGAUGACUCAGAGGAAAAAAUUGAAGAAUCGACUGAGUUUGACUUUGAUGAAGAUUUUGGCUUUGAGACUUCGGUGUCAAUUACACCUAGACGGACUCCGAGAAGCGCGAGGCUGUCGCACGGUGCGCCGAAGAGGGUCGCCAGUCUCAACCAGGUGAUGAAGGACAUGGCACGCCACAAGCGCCUGGAGCAGGAGCUGCUUCACGCGGAGCAGACGGCGAAGACGACCGCGGAACUUGCCGCGCACCGCGCAGGACUGCACUCGCUAGCAGGUGGCACUGACGGAGACGCGUCGAGUCACCGUCAGGCGGAGCGGUCGAGUCCGAAAGGUGCUGGCGGUGCGGAGAGGCCGAGCCUAAGUCCUCGGGGCAGCGGUGCGCACAGCCCCAGGCAGCUGUCGCUGAAUCCCCGAGGGACAGCCGCUCAGUCGUUUAUGGGAAGUGCGUCGAGCAGCCCGAGGCAGGCUGCCGGCAGCCACAGUCCCGGCUCCGGGAGUCCACGACAGGCAGGCGGGGCACUGACGCCCCGGCAGUACCCAGCACACAGCCCACGUCAGGUGUCCAGCUGAGUAGCACGCCACUAACUUGUACAUAACUUUACCGUAGUCCCACGCACCCGCACAGAAACCUAACAAAUUGUGCUCUUUUUUUAAUUAUUAAUAGUUCGUUCAAUUCUGUGAUGAGUCUUCCUAAUACGACAGUUUUUCGACAAAUGGUCGGUUGUUUGUUUCGAGCUGUUUUGACAGUUUCUCGAGACCACCACUAGGUGUCAGUAGGUGAUGUGACAAUGUGAGGCAGGUUCUAUUGGUUAGCUAACUGUAAGGGCCACUUGAAAAAGACAACAAAUCAGUUGGUGAAAACUGUUGCACCUAAUGAUUUAUCACAGUAUUAAAUUUACCACGUUGAACUAUGAAGUCUGAUUAUGUUAUUCCAAAAUUUACUUUUUUUUAUUUAAUUUACUUUCUUACUUAAAAGUGGAUAGAUUAUUAUUUUUGGCAUUCAGAUAUCUCAAUUCACACAACCAUUGGUUUGAUAUUAUUUGCUCCUGUUCAAGUGCAGUGAGUGGCAGGUUCGUCCUGUUUUGUAAGAAGUGAUAUUAAUUGACUGACAUGUUUCGGGUAUUUGUGUAGACACCUGUUUUGAGGUACAGUAUCCAACCACCACCAUCAAUGCAUUUUAUCACUAUAGAGGUAAGAAAAUAAUAGCGGUAUAAACCGUCAAUAGACUCGGGGAGUGUGUAAGUUUGGCUCGUUUUAUUAUCUAACUGCUGAAAGAACAGUAGCUUUUUUUUACAUUGCUGAUUAAAUUCCUCUUAGCUGAAUAUCAUCAAGAGCACAUAACUGUUGUAAUGGAUUCCGAUUGUGCUAUUUGUUUCAUGUCAUAAAUAUGAAUAGUUUGUCCAUAAUUUGUAUGGGUGUGAAAAAUGAGUGAUUAAAAGUUAAAAACAAACAAA